AUGCAAAAACUCCCUAACGAGCUCAUCGCUCAUAUUCUCAGCUUCCUUGACUCCGAGUCCGAUCUACAAACACGAGUCUAUCAAGACCCUGCGAAGAUCGCACGACCUAUAUCCUCUGGUCCAAAUACGCCUCUAAAGAACGCUUCUCUAGUAUGCAGUCUAUGGAGAACAUCUGUAAUAAACUAUCUCUUCCGCCAUAUUGUGUGGCCCCUCCGGCGCUUUCAUAAACCAGUGAUACAGGACAUCGCAUCAGAAAUAGACGUCCUUGACUUCGUACGGCGCAACAAUCUAGCAUCAAUCGUCGAAACCUUUACGAUAUUAAUUGAUACUCCUCGCGGAUCUGGCCAAAACCGAUAUGCAGAUGAUCUCUGGGGUAUCUUGCCUCCUGAGUCUCAACAGCCCGACUCGCCUGUCUCCUGGAAUCUAUUAUGGUCCGUUCUAUCACAGGAUGAUCGGCGCAACAAUGAACAAAGUGAUGCCAGAACAGAGCAGGACAGGGCGAAGUGCCAUUGGGACAAUAACUGGUUGUGGCAUACAAUCUUCGAUGUUAUUGACCCAUUGCGCAUCACAUUGAUCAGCUCAAUAGACGUUCUUGCGUCUCUGCUAAGCCGAAGUGUCGAUUUCUCUACCCACUGGGCCUUUAACAGCACUUAUUAUAUCAUAUCGCUGUCUCGUUCAGCUCAGACUAUGGGACCAGAGAGAAAGUCAGACCUCUUGCCGUCACAGCUUCCCGGACUGCGGAAUCGCAUUCCUUGCGACUUAUUCGACAUCAGAGACUGGAACUCUCUCCUCAUUAACGAGGGAUCCUUUGCGCCAGUCUACUCAACAUACGAGUUCUUCCACUACUCAGCCGCAACCCUUCUCCCCGCCAUCUUCGACGCCUCAGAUCCUUCUUUCAACACCAUAUGCGGAAACCUUAAGUCCCUAUCCUAUAUCGCUACGUUUCCCCUGUCCCAUCACAUAUCCGACUUCCUCAUCCCCCACUGCCCACCCGUCGAGCACCUCUUCGUUCAGCUCAUGCCCAAGAACCGCGAUUUUUGGGAGAGCAGCAGUCUCUCACGGGUGAAUCUAUCCGAUUUGUGGCUCGAGUGCGACACCUCCUACGCCCUCCUGGUGCGCCAGAUGCUGGAACCUAUCCCACAGCCAGGCUGGCAGAAGUUAAAGAUGUUUGAGACGGGCGACAAGCCAGCAGAAGGUGUUUGGAGGAUGAAUACAUACAACGGGCAUAUCAAUGGCGUAAAUGGAUGGCGAGAACAGAGUGAGGGUGUUUUUAUCAAGGAUGAGCCUGAAAAUGCCGACCAGGAUGAACAGGCAGUAAUGGUGGAAGAAAUGUGA